AUGAGUUCGCCAAGUUCAGAAGAAAAAAUGAUCAUCGCUGCUGAAAUUGCCGAAGCAAGAAUCACCGGUCAAGAAACUCCGGAUUUUGACCCACGCAAGAAAGCAGAUGCAGAAAAUGAGGGCUGGUUGUCCGGCGAUCAGUUCACAAUUAGCGAAACACCAGUAGCUCAUCUCAAUGCCGAGGUUGGUACCAAAGAAUAA